AUGUCAAUUCAAGCUCCUGUUGUAUAUUUAAACACGUCUACUCAAAGACAACAGGGAAGACAAGCACAAAUUGCCAAUAUCACUGCGGCAAAGGCUGUUGCCGAUAUCAUUCGUACCUGUUUGGGACCAAAGGCAAUGCUCAAGAUGUUAUUAGAUCCAAUGGGUGGUAUAGUGUUGACUAAUGAUGGUCAUGCUAUAUUGAGAGAAAUUGAUGUGUCUCAUCCUGCUGCCAAGUCAAUGAUUGAAUUAUCAAGAACUCAAGACGAAGAAGUUGGAGAUGGUACCACCACCGUGAUCAUUUUGGCAGGAGAAAUCUUGGCACAAACAUUCCCAUACAUUGAGAAGAAUAUUCAUCCUGUGAUCAUCAUUAAGGCUUUAAAACAGGCAUUGAAAGAUGCUUUGGAAAUCAUACAUGAGGUGUCAACUCCAGUUGAUAUCAAAAACGACGCUGCCAUGUUGAAGUUGAUUAAGGCUUCUAUUGGAACCAAAUAUGUCAACAAAUGGUCAACUAAAAUGUGCGAAUUAUCAUUAAAAGCUGUUAGAACAGUUAUGGUUGAAAAAGGAGAUUACAAGGAAAUAGAUGUGAAAAGAUAUGUUCGUAUUGAAAAGAUUCCUGGGGGUGAGGUUACUGAUAGUGAAGUGUUAGAUGGUAUUUUAUUAAACAAAGAUGUUGUCCACCCUAAAAUGAAAAGGGAAAUAAAAAACCCACGUAUUAUAUUAUUGGAUUGUCCAUUAGAAUAUAAAAAAGGUGAAUCCCAAACCAACAUUGAAAUCACAAAAGAGGAAGAUUGGAACAGAAUAUUACAAAUCGAAGAAGAGCAAGUUAAAUUGAUGUGUGACCAAAUCUUAGAGUUUAAACCAGAUUUAGUUAUUACUGAAAAGGGGGUAAGCGAUUUAGCUCAACAUUAUCUUUUGAAAGGAGGAGCUUCCGCUUUACGUAGAGUUAAAAAGUCAGACAAUAAUAGAAUCGCCAGAGCUACUGGUGCCACCAUUGUCAACCGAGUUGAAGAUUUGAAGGAAUCGGACAUUGGUACAAAAUGUGGGGAAUUUAAAGUUGAAUUAAUCGGUGACGAAUAUUUCACUUAUUUGGUCAAAUGUGAAAACCCACAAGCCUGUACUGUGAUGUUACGAGGUGCUUCCAAAGAUAUUCUUAAUGAAAUUGAAAGAAACUUACAUGAUGCCAUGGCUGUCACCAGAAACGUCAUGUUUGAACCUUCUUUGUCUCCAGGUGGUGGUGCCACCGAGAUGGCUUGUAGUGUCAGAUUAGCUGAAAAGGCAAAGACCAUUGAAGGAAUUGAACAAUACCCAUACCAAGCCGUUGCAGAUGCAUUUGAAGUCAUACCAAGAACUUUAAUUCAAAACUGUGGGGGUAAUCCAAUCAAAGUGUUAUCCCAAUUAAGAGCUAAGCAAGCUCAAGGUCAAUAUACAUAUGGUAUUGAUGGUGAAAACGGUAAGGUUGUUGACAUGAAAGAUUAUGGUAUUUGGGAACCAGAAGUGAUUAAACAACAAUCAAUUAAAACUGCAAUUGAAAGUGCCUGUUUAUUAUUAAGAGUCGAUGAUAUUGUUAGUGGAGUACGUCAAAGUCAAUAG